GCCGCCAUGGGGAAGCGGCAGCACCAGAAGGACAAGAUGUACAUCACGUGCACCGAGUACACGCAGUUCUACGGAGGGAAGAAGGCGGAUUUUCCACGAACUAAUUUUAGGCGUUUAUCAUUCGAUCACUGCAGUUUGUCUCUGCAGCCAUUUGAGUACCCAGUUUGCACCCCAGAUGGGACAGUCUUUGACAUACUGAACAUUGUUCCUUGGAUAAAAAAAUAUGGAACCAAUCCAAUCACAGGAGAAGUAACAGACUGCAGGUCUCCAGUUAAAUUAAAAUUUAGUGGUCUGGAAGAGGGUAAAUACCACUGCCCAGUGCUGUUCACUGUAUUCACCAAUAACUCCCAUAUUGUGGCCAUCAAGACAACUGGGAAUGUGUUUGCCUAUGAGGCAGUUGAACAGCUGAACAUAAAACCAAAGAGCUACAAGGAUCUUUUGACAGAUGAGCCCUUCACUCGGCAAGACAUUGUGACACUGCAGGACCCAACAAACUUGGAUAAAUUCAACGUCUCUAACUUCUUUCAUGUUAAGAACAACUUAAAAAUAAUUGAUCCAGAGGAAGAAAAAGCAAAGUUAGAUCCAUCUUACUAUUUGAAAAAUACAAAUACAGAGACGCGAGAGACGUUGCUGGAACUUUAUAAGGAAUUCAAAGGAGAUGAUAUUCUAGCAGCUACCAUGAAGGCUCCUGAAAAGAAAAAAGUGGAUAAACUGAAUGCAGCCCACUAUUCUACUGGAGCAGUAAGUGCUUCCUUCACAUCCACUGCGAUGGUUCCAGAAACUACCCAUGAAGCAGCUGCUAUUGAAGAGGAUAUUGUAAGAUACCAGUAUGUGAAGAAGAAGGGCUAUGUACGACUUCACACUAAUAAAGGAGACCUAAACCUGGAGCUGCACUGUGACAUGACACCACGAACCUGCGAAAACUUUAUCAAGCUAUGCAAGAAAAACUAUUAUGAUGGAACAAUUUUUCACAGAUCAAUUCGUAAUUUUGUGAUCCAGGGAGGUGAUCCGACUGGAACAGGAACAGGAGGAGAAUCUUACUGGGGAAAACCUUUUAAGGAUGAAUUUAAGCCCAACUUGUCCCAUACAGGACGUGGAGUUCUCAGUAUGGCCAACUCAGGACCUAAUACAAACAAGUCACAGUUUUUCAUCACCUUCCGUUCCUGUGCRUAUCUGGACAAGAAACAUACGGUGUUUGGAAGAGUGGUUGGUGGCUUUGAUACUCUGACUGCUAUGGAGAAUGUGGAAAGUGACCCCAAAACAGACCGUCCCAAGACAGAAAUACGAAUUGAAGCAACAACUGUUUUUGUGGAUCCGUAUGAAGAAGCAGAUGCCCAGGUUGCUGCAGAAAGAGAAAAGGCCCAACAAGAAGAAGCAGCAGCCAAAGCAAAAGUUGAGAUAGCCCCRCCAAAGAAAGAAAUCCAGACUCCUAAAACUUACCGACAAGGGAUUGGAAAAUACAUUAACAUGGCUGCAGCGAAGCGCAGUGUGGAAGAUGACGGCCCCUCCACCAGCACAGCUGCGAAGAAGGAGAAAAAGAGCUCGGGCUUCGGGGACUUCAGCUCCUGGUAGCAGAGCGAGGAGCCUAGCACCGAUGCAGCGCGGUGGGGAAGACGGGGCGGCCUCCCGCGCGUCCCCGAGAGCCCCAACGCCAGCCCGUCCUGGGGAGGGAAGGCACUGCCUGCCCUUCCACCCACAAAGAAAACUGUUGCUUUGUUAAGGCAGCUUAAUGCGGCUUUGUUCUCCAGAGAGCUGCGGUCCCCAGUGCAGCUUCCUUGAAGGCUUUUUGUUGUCGUGUGGGGAGCAGAGAGCAGCGUCGCUGCUCCGAGGCCUCGCGGGCSCCUGCGCUGCCCACUGCGCUCCUGUCUCAGGUAAUGGUUUCCAGAUGAGCCCCAUCUGCCAGCCCGACAGAUGAAUUAACGUGCCGGGGAAGUGCCUGCCUGGCUUUGCCAAGGGGAGGAGAGGCCUCCAGCUUGUUCUGCCCUGCCUGGGGCUUCCCAUCCUUCCGAGCUCUGUUUUGCUGCUCCUUAACGUGGACCAAAUCUGUCUUCCACAGUCUGUGCCUCUGGGAUGGCCCCAGACCGGCUCCACAGGGCCUCCCUGCUCCCUGCAGGCUGAGCUGGCUGCUCCCCUUCCCUCUGGCAGCCUGGGCAGCAGCCGAGCUGCCCGGGCACCCACUGAAGCUGGUUGCUGCCCUGCUGCCUCUCCAGAGCUGUUGUGGCAGCCCACGGGGCCGGGACACCUCGAUUCCAGCUUGCCCGCCGGCUCCAGAAGCUACAGCCCGAAGGAACGCACCAGGAACCAGAAGGGUUUCACGGGGUUUGUUUUAGCCAUCCCCAAGGCCUGCUGCUUGCUAGGAGCACAUCCUGCAGUCUGCCCCGCUAUCGGGUUUCUCAUUAGAGAAAACRUGAUACAGUCAAGAGGAGUGCAGGAUACUUACCUUGAAUGCCCACAGACCUAAUAGGGUGCUCACUAAAGAGUUAGGGGUAGAGACGUAGCAGCCUGUGAAGUUGUAAUCUCAAAACAUCAUGUGUGUUACCAUCAUUCAGGCAUCCUAGGCUAGAUCCAGAACACUUCCCGUUCUUGGGCAUUUUCGAAAUGCCCUCCCCACCUCCACAUGGCUGAGGAGAUAGUUUUGUAAUCAGAUUUAUAGCUGAUGCAUUUAUGGCAGUGCAUUCGUGUUUUAAGAGAAGUUUCCAUUUUUAUGAAAUUGCUGUAAAAACUUUUGUUAACAUGUUUUGCAUUAAAUGCCUUUAUUUUCCUUUGAAUGCUUGCCUUUGACUGCGUUCAACUGUCAUUUCCAAGAUCAUGGCGUUACAAAAUUGAUUGUCUUACCAGGAAAUGAUUCAUUCCUACUUUUUGAGAUGCUCAUAAAAAAACGCUGGGAUUUUUGCGGAUAUGAUUACAUCUUUGUUAAAUCA